AUGGCCGACAUUUCAAUGAUCGGCCCUGAAAAGCAUACAAAUGCCUCAACAACACUUGAGGAAUCAUACUUCACAUACUCUGAUAAUGAGAAAUCUCUCGUCGAUCACAAUGUUCACUGGCGCGCCGGUAUAGGGGCUGAUGGUUCAGAAACCUUUCUUCCACGAACAGUCAUAUACGACCUCAAAGGCGGCUUUGGCUCGUUACGCAAGAUCAACGCACUCUAUGAAGCAGAGUCAGAAUCCAACCCAGAAGCACUAUGGUCAGGUCAAUCUGUUGUGCAUAAGCAGACGCCUAUUGAUCCCAGCGCAUACCAGCAGAGCCUCGACGCGGGCACUGACCCUGCCCGACUUUCGACUUCAAACGUGAGAUACUGGUCAGACUUCUCUAGAGCCUUUUUUCACCCCAAGUCGUUGGUUCAACUCUAUGAUUUCGAGCUCAACUCAACAACCAUGCCAUUUGAGCGAUUCUCUAUGGGGACAGAACUUUUCUCUAUGCUCGACAAGGAACAUGAAAUCGUGGACCGCGACUUCAGGCCCUUUGCAGAGGAGUGUGAUCGAAUGCAGGGGAUACAAGUUUUUACCACCAUCGAUGAUGCCUGGGGCGGUUUCACUUCUUCAUAUCUCGAGUCUUUGAGGGAUGAGUUUCCAAAGACAACCAUCUGGACAUGGGGUCUGCAAAGCCCCUCGCUCGAUAUUUCCAGAGCUAAACGCCAGCUUCGCCUCGCAAACACUGCUCACAGCAUAGAACAACUCUGUACACAAGCGUCCACUGUUGUUCCUGUGGCCCUGCCCGAAGAAGACAUGUCAACCGCAGUGUCCAUAGAUCGUCACUCACCCUGGCACACAUCGGCUCUUAUGGCGGCAGCGAUAGAGACUGCCACCCUGCCUUCGCGUCUCACACAGAACUCCUCGGAGCAACCAGGUUCACUAGAUACUUUGGCCGAGAGCCUGAAUGUCAACGGCAACCAACCCCUAGCAAGCAUGCAUAUGUCUCUGGCAACUGUGAAAGAUACGCCAGAAGAUAGUCGCAUUAAUGUUGAUUUCUUCCAAAUAGGGAGGACUUGGAGUAGGCAGCACAUCGCCAGGCUUAACACUUAUAAGCAUGUGUUUGGAGAAAUCCUAUCUUGUCGAGAUAUUGACCACCUGGAGCAUGAAGAUGACGAUACUCCUCGAUACCUCGCUCCCGGGGAACGUCCCGCCAUAGGAAGCUCGAUCGUACGCAAGUAUGAUUUAGCUCUACGAUUCCCUCUACUGGACGCCUACCCAAAUAUUUACCCCCAGCUGGCGGACCAUUCCGACGCCAGUGUGCAGACUACGCUUUCGACCAACAGCUCAAUGGUGCAACGUAUCAGGGCAUUGCGGACAGGUUCUGCCCGUCUGGUGCCGGUCAGUGAGAGGGAGGACCUUGGCAACGGCUUAGCAGAGCUAGCGGAUGCUUAUCAAGAGGGCUGGUUCAGUGGUAGUGAUGACGACGACGACGACUUGUAG